GAUGCACGCUGUUUGAAGCACGUUAGACGAAAUCGCACAGGUGCGUCGAGCAGGCCACGAGCGAGCCGCCGUGUCUGUUUCUUUUAUUUUUGUUCGUUUAUAUCUUUGUACAGUAUAUUGUGACGAGAGAGAAAAGCGUCUGUUCGGUCGAGCGCGAGAAAACGCAAAGAGGACGGAGAUUCCUGUAUGUGACUCGGCGUCGAGAAACUCCGAAACAGCUUCAACGAGAGUUCGAUCGCCAGGGAUCAUGAGGCCCGCGAGAAGUUGGGCCUCUCUGGCAGCGCUAGCCGCGACGGCCUUGCUGCUGAGGCCCAUCCACGCCGAGGCGCCACUUUCGGGCAGCUACUUGCCACCGUCCACUAGUUACGGUACACCUAACUUAGGAGGAGGUGGUGGUGGUGGUUAUUCCGGCGGUAGUAGCGGCGGAAUAUCAUCGAGUUACGGCGCGCCUAGUGGUGGCGGCGGCGGUGGAUUCGGAGGAGGUGGUGGAUUCGGAGGCGGCGGUGGAUUCGGAGGUGGUCGACCUUCUUCGAGUUACGGAGCACCCACUUCCGGUGGAGGUGGUGGCGGAUAUUCCAGCGGAGGUGGUGCCCCAUCUUCCAACUACGGAGCGCCCCCGUCUACAAGUUACGGAGCUCCCAGCUCCGGUGGUGGUGGCGGUGGCGGUGGUUUCGGAGGUGGUUUCGGCGGUGGAGCGCCUUCCAGCAGCUAUGGAGCGCCUAGCCCUCCAUCUUCGAGUUACGGUGCCCCGUCUCGGCCUCCCUCGAGCAGCUACGGAACGCCGUCCGUAGGACGUCCAUCCUCUAGUUACGGAGCACCGUCUAGCGGUGGCGGUGGAUUCGGCGGCGGUGGUGGCGGCGGCGGCGGUGGUUUCGGCGGUGGUAGACCGUCCUCGAGCUAUGGAGCACCCUCGAACGGAGGUGGCAGACCUUCGUCUACCUAUGGUGCUCCUUCUAGCGGUGGCGGUGGUGCGCCCUCGACGAGUUAUGGAGCACCGCGCGGCAACGGCGGCGGUGGCGGCGGAGGCAGACCGUCAACCAGCUAUGGAGCACCUCCUUCUACGAGUUACGGAGCGCCUCCUUCUUCAAGUUACGGAGCGCCUCCUUCUUCAAGUUACGGAGCGCCUCCUUCUUCAAGUUACGGAGCGCCUCCUUCUUCAAGUUACGGGGCACCUCCUUCUACAAGUUACGGGGCACCGUCUGGCGGCGGUGGCAGUUUCGGAGGUGGUGGCAGUUUCGGAGGCGGUGGCGGUUUCGGAGGCGGAGGUGGUUUCGGAGGCGGUGGCGGCUUUGGCGGUGGAGCUCCUUCCAGUAGCUAUGGUGCACCUCCGUCUUCUAGCUACGGUGCACCUCCGUCUUCUAGCUACGGUGCACCGACUUCGGGAGGUAGCGGCGGAUAUUCCGGCGGCGGUGGAAGACCGUCGACAUCCUACGGUGCGCCAACUGGAGGCGGAUCCGGUGGUUAUUCCGGUGGAGGUGGUGGCGGAGGUGGUGGACCAUCGUCGACCUACGGUGCGCCAAGCUUCGGCGGCGGCGGUGGCGGCGGCGGCGGCGGCGGCGGCGGAGGUGGACAGAGUUACGCCAGCAAUGGAGGAUAUCAGUACUAA